UCAGAUUUUCAAGAUGGCGUCUUCAAUGUUCAGAAGAGUUUGUUGUUCGUCCGCAAUAAAAGCGAUAAAUUCAGGACUAAAUCUCACUACAGUCCGCUUAGGAACACACAGGAAGUUUCCAACGAAGAAGGUCGUUAAUCCUUUUGUACAACGAAGGACGGAUUUCAUCAAGAAGUUGGUUUUAGCUCUGGUUCAAUUUGAACGUGUUCAGACCACGUUGAUGAGAGCCAAGGAACUUAAAAAAUAUAGUGACCUGCUUAUAACACUUUCCCAAAGAAGGUCACCUCCCCCAGACCUGGACAUGAUACAACAGGGUUUUAUCCUCAAUGAAGCAGAAGCCUUGGAAAACAUGAUAACAAAGAGAAUCAUUAAUAGGCGAAGUAAGAAAGUUAUAAUUCAGCCAAAGGAGUUGUCGGAGGAAGAGUUUGUGGCAAGAUGCAGAGAAGAGGCAUCGAAUAUUCUAAUGGGGAACAAAGAUGCCCUUGUUAAAUUGUACGGUCCCUUGAAGGAAAGAUAUGAGGAUAGGUAUGGCGGCUUCACCAGAAUAAUUAAAAUCUUAUCUCCAACUAAAUCUCCGUAUCCACAAAUGGCUUAUGUUGAAUUAAUUGACAAUGACCUUGAGCCUUUGCCAGACUUUCCAGUUAUUAAAGAAGGUAAAAUAACAGUGUAUGGAAGUAAUUCAGAAAGUGAUUCCGAGAGCAGUGAAGUGAUAGCGGUUGGACAUUAAUAAAAGGUUUUGAAAAUGUAAA